UAUUAACUUAUCAAAAAAUAUGUUUCACAACAGAACCAACAAGCCAGUAUUUGCGAAGCUAAGUCUCAGCAUGACUCCAAAAAGUGUGAUUAAAUCAAACGAAGGAGGGAACAAAUCUGCUCGUGAGUAUUCCAUUUUCAACUCGAACGUCAAUACCAACCCCUCAAUCCAAGAUUCAUUAUACACCAGCGGAAAGAGAAAUAAGGAGAUCAAAGAGAGGAAACAAGAAGAGACUUAUGGUAAAGAACGGCCUGAUAGAUCUACAUCUGCACAGAAAAGUACAGAGUUUAGCAAAAGCUUGUCCAAAAGCGUAACCAAAAGGAACACAGUGUUGAAAUAAAAAGAGCAAGAACCUUCUCAAAGCUCACAAGAGUCAGGAUAUGAAGAGACAGAUGCAGAAGAAUAAAUAUGACUUCAAAAGGAAUAUAAAUACAAUCACUAGCAAGCUAGCUCCAAAGACAACCACUCUAAACUUGCUAGAGUCGAGGAAAUAAGGGGUUGAAAUCUAAGAACUACAUCAACAUGAACAUGAAAGGGCAUAUGAUACACUCACACAAGUAUUCACCUCCUCAUGUAGCCAAUUCACCUCGAAUUGGUGUAAAAGCUAAGAAUUGUUCGAUCAUCAGUAAGAAUAAUAGUAGUUACUCCGAUAAAAAUAUUGAAAAGCCAAAAGCUGAUGACAAAGACUCUUGAACAGAUCAUUUGAAAUUUUCAACUGCCAAAAAGUCGAUCCAGCUCUAUCCGAAAUUUUCUGAAGAGAGGUCUAUCAAGAAGAAAGGCAAGAUGUACAAACAUACCAAGGCCAACAGUAAGAAUGAAAAGUGUAUGCUCUCAGAUAACCUCGGAUUUGCCUCUUUGAAAGUUUCUUCGAUCACGCCAAGGUACCCUUUUUGCCAUAAGAAAUCUCCCCAGAAGAAGACCAAAAAGACUAGCAUAGUAAAAUAAAAACUAUUUUGGAGCCCAUAUGAGGAGAAGUUUGCUUGACGAAAAGAAGGACCAUCCCAGAAAUCAGCAAAUAAAGAACUACAAAUCUAACCAAGAGCUUGAGUUUUACAAAACCGUCCCAACUUAUGUGGAAAAUGAACACAAAAAUGCAAGCUCACUCGAGAUUAUUGAUACUGAAAUCAUCCUGAAGAGACCUUAUGAUAGGUCAGGGACUGAGGGACCUGAGGACCACUUCAUUGAAACAGACUCUUUUAAGUCUUCUAAUUAUAACUUCCCUUCCAAAGAGGACUGCAAGAAUCGUAAAACAUGUGAGAAUCGGCUCUCUUCCCUUGAAAAUCCCAAAUAUGAUACUAAAUUCAACAUCGGACUAAGCAAAGGAAUCGAGAAGCUCACAAUGAAGCAGAAAUAUGAAACCGCUCGUAACAAAGGCGUAAUCAUGAUGCUCGAUCAGGUAAAUAAUAACCACAAUACUUUCGGAAAGAAGAGAUCUAACAAGCCCAAAAAUAUUGAUCAUAAAGAAUACCCUGCGCAUGAAUUUGAAAUGGAUGUAUCCCAGUCCCAAAAGUACGAAUCACUAAUAACCCUUAGGCACUGUAUUCAUGGCUGAAACUGCAACAUUCUGCAAAAUAGCCAAGAUAGCUUAGAGAUUCCUUCAGAAAUAGACGCUGCAAGGAGCUUGUAUGGACUGAAAAACAGAAUCAAGAAUGUACUAGAAGACUACCAACAGAGAGAAAAGCAUCUAGUUUCCAAGUGCAAAUCUUUGGAAUUUGAAGUGAUGACCCUCAAAGAUAUUAUUUCAGAGUUGAGAAGUGGACUCCAAGCAGUCCAGAAAUAAUU